GAGCGCAAAGAUGAUCAACUAGUGGGCAAUUAGGCAAAGCGUUUGACAAAGGUCGAGCAGCCCAGUCUGGGCUCGUACAAUGUGUGAAUUGGACAGAUUUACCGGCUGCAGCAUCGUUGGGGUCGCCGUGCUCAUUGCCAUUGGCCUGAGCUGGGCGCAGAUGGAGGAGCGCAAAAAGUGGACGACGCUUGACUGGUUGCAGCAGCUGAACUACAGCCACGAGCUGCACAAUGUGACCAGCGGCGAUGGCUACCAGCUGCAGCUGCAGCGCUUGCCGCGCCUGGGGGCGCGACCCGUGCUGCUGGUGCACGGAUUGAUGGGCUCCUCGCUCGGCUGGCUGUGCCUGGGGCCGGCCAAGAGUCUGGCCUUUCAGCUGCAUCAGCGCAACUACGACGUGUGGCUGGCCAAUCUGCGCGGCUCCUCGCCAUAUGGCAGACAGCACGUCGAGCUGACCGAUGUCAUGGCCGAUUUCUGGCGCUAUAGCUUCCACGAGCACGGCGCCUACGAUUUGCCCGCCAUAAUUGACCACAUUGUGGCGCUUACGCAGCGCGAGGCAGCCGAACAGCUAAACGAGACGCGGGCGCAUCAAGUGCUCCUAAUUGGACACUCACAGGCUUUCAAUGCCUUCCUCGUGCUCUGCGCCCUCCAGCCGCGCUUCAAUCAGCACAUCCAGCUAAUGCAGGGGCUGGCGCCUUUGGCCCGGCUGCAUCGACAGGUGCGCUUCGAUGCCGCCCACGUGCGCGCCAUAAUGAAGUUUGUCAAGAAGCGAGAAAAGGCCAACAAAUUUGAAUUAUUUCCACCCGGCGAGCUACGUAAAUUAUGCAGCAAAAAGCGAGAGAUUUGUGAAUAUUAUACGAAACACUUGGCGGGCAGCGCGCAAAGCAAUAAAAGGCUGCUGGAGAUCUUCAGCUAUGAGCACCUGCUCCAAGGUGGUUCGGCGCGCGAGCUGCGACACCUGCAACAGAUUUGGAAAUCGGGCGAUUUUAUAUCCUACGACUACGGACCCAUUGAGAAUAUGCGGAUCUAUCAGAGUGUCGAGGCGACCAGCUAUAAUCUCAGCCAGAUCAGCGUGCCCAUCAUCCUGUACUUUGGCGAAACGGAUGCGAUUGCCACGCCCGAGGGCGUGCACGGCAUCUAUGCCCGCAUGCUGAGCUCAGUGCGCGGCGUGCGACGCAUUGCAUCCUCGAAGUUCAAUCACUUUGAUUUCCUAGUCUCGAGCGAUGUGAAGACGCUGGUCAAUGACAAGCUGAUCGAGGCAAUGGAAAAGUUUUUCGAAGGCAAAUUACCAUACAUAAUCGAAUGAGAGUGGGAGAGAGCAACGGGUAGAGUGGAGUGAGGGAGGGAGGGAGGCAGGCAUCAGUUGUUCGUGGUGCUAAGUAAUUGGGCUCCCCGAGCUGUCAUCAAAGGCGCCCAUUGAGGCUCAUUAAAAGCGCGAGCCAAAGCGAAAUGUGUUUUAUUUGCUCUGGCAACGAGCCAAACGGCCAAAUGGCAAUUAUGUAAUCGGUUCGCUGUUGGCCAAGCCAUAAAAAAAUCAAAUAAAAAACUGAAUACUAAGCCAACAACAACCACAGCAACAACAACAAAAUGUGACAAAUUGCUGUCUGGGCCCAACACUUUUACUUUCUUUUGAUUGCCCACUCAAAAGGCAAACGGACAAAAAUGUUUUUUGUUUCUUCUGUUGUCUUUGUUGUUUUUUGUUUCUUUUUUCGAUUUUGUUUUUUUAGCAGCCGCCUAAGUAUUUGACCCACAAUAGACGACGCGGAAGCAACGGCCACAAUAGAGG